AGAAACCGUUUGAUCUUCUGACUAGCACCAUCAUCUACAGAGUAAAGUAAAAUUCAUUAGACCUUGUCGGGAAAACAAUACUUAGAACUAAGAGAAUUCCGGAGUUUUGGUCCAGUGAAAAAUUGAGUUUUGUAGAGAAAAUACUGUACUACUUUUCGUUUAACGUUCUAACCUGUGGUGUGAUCAUGGCGGUUCACUGGGGUGGGGUUGCUGGGAUGAUAUUCUUCUACCUGAUCAUCUUGGCCGUGGGAAUAUGGGCCUCAAGGAAAACAAAAAGUGCUAGUGGGACAGAAGGAGUGAUGGUGGCAGGACGAGAUUUUGGAUGGUGUAUCGGUCUUUUUACUUUGAUUGCUACUUGGGUAGGAGGUGGAUACAUCAAUGGGACAGCAGAAGUCGUUUUUACUCCAGGAUACGGCCUCGUUUGGGCCCAAGCCCCUUGGGGCUACAGUCUCAGUUUCGUCAUAAAUGGGCUUUUCUUCGCAAAACAGAUGCGAGCAGCGAAAUACGUUACAAUGAUUGAUCCAUUUCAAGAGAAGUAUGGAAAUCGUAUGGGAGGACUCCUCUUUCUUGCUGCCAUCACUGGUGAACUGCUAUGGUGUGCCGCUAUAUUGGCUGCUUUAGGAUCAACGAUAAGUGUCAUUUUGGAGCUAGAUCAGAACCUUUCAGUCAUCAUCUCGGCUUGUAUUGCUGUUUCUUAUACCCUAUUUGGUGGUCUAUUUUCUGUGGCUUACACUGAUAUCGUCCAACUAGCUUGCAUAUUCAUCGGUUUGUGGUUCUGUGUUCCUUUUGUGCUCACCAAUAAGGCUGUAACACCACUUCCAGAGACGACUGAUCGCUGGGUUGGAGAGUGGGACGUUAGACUCACCGGGCAGUGGAUCGAUAGCAUGUUGUUGAUCAUAUUGGGUGGAGUGCCAUGGCAGGCAUACUUUCAACGGGUUCUAGCAGCCAAGACCCCUCAUCAUGCCCGAUACCUAUCUUUGAUUGCAGCAUUUGGAUGUUUCUCUCUCAGUAUCCCUGCUUACGUCAUGGGUGCCGUGGGCGCCAGCACCGAUUGGACAAUGACUAACAUAAACCUGAACAAGACGGAUCUCUAUGAAGAACCAGGUCUUAUUCUACCAGCUGUCAUCCAGUAUCUCACCCCACCCGUGGUCGCUUUUCUUGGCCUGGGGGCCAUCUCUGCGGCCGUGAUGUCUUCUACCGAUUCGUCUGUCCUCGCAUCGAGUUCAAUGUUUACCAGGAACAUCUACAAAAAUAUAAUUAGACCAUCGGCUUCCGAGUGUGAAAUGAUGUGGGCACUUCGUGUUGCUGUGGUCAUCGUCGCAACCAUAGCUACCGUCAUGGCAUUGACAGUCGAAUCUAUCUACAUCCUCUUCGUCCUCUGCUCCGACUUCGUCUACGCAUUGCUCUUCCCGCAAUUCGUUUGCGUCAUCCACGUCAAGAAGUCCAAUACUUAUGGCUCGGCCGUAGCCUUCGUUCUCGGUCUCUUUCUCCGUCUGAGUGGUGGUGAACCAUCCCUCGGUCUACCUCCCCUCAUCCAAUAUCCUUACUACGAUAAAGACCUCGGCCAGUUGUUCCCGUUCCGUACCUUGGCGGCAAUUGUGGCUUUCGUGUCCUUGGUUAUCUGUUCCUAUGCCACUGACAUCAUAUUCACCAAAGGGUAUCUACCAAAGAGGUUCGAUGUCUUCAAGUGUGUGGUUAACACUGAUGAGAAGGGGACGUAUGCAGGUCCUGUUCAGGACCCUAACACUCAGAUGCAGACAAUUGAUUCCACGAAUAAAAGUGCUUAAUCUGUAAGCUUAAUGGACAAGAUACACCUCCUUCACAUAAUUACUCUUACCCUCGAGGAUGCUGUGCGCGAAUAGAUUAAGUUCCCCUAUAAUAGAAAGCUGAACUUGGUGAAAUGGGGUUUAGUAACAAUAUAAGAUAUAUAGUUCAAAAACUAGGUAUUUCUUUAAAAAUUGCCUUUGUUCGAAAUCAGUUUGUUGAAAACAAACUCCGUUCGUGUAGAUGUACUUCGAAGAAAGGUUAAUCUGAAAUGUUGUUGUUUAUGAUGAUGGUGGUGGUGAUGAUGAUGAUGAUGAUAAUUAUGACGAUGAUGAUGAUGAUGAUGAUAGUGGUGGUGGUGGUGGUGGCGAUAGAGUAUAAUUGAAUUAUGCAUCUACAAUGUUGAAAUUUGACAAAUGAAUGCACGAUAAAAAAAUAUUAAUACCUAUAUAACAAUUUGUAUAUAUACACAUAAAAAUAAAUUUUCAACCAUCUGAUAGCAAAUUAAUUUUUAUCACGAACCAUAAACAUUUCAUUUGCCGAUUCAAUAAAUAUUCGUAUUCAGUAUCGUUCAUAAUUCCUAUCUUCGAACAGCUUUCUGAAUCGUGUCGAAUAUAGAAGUUAUGUAUUGCAAUGUCGUAGUGCCUUUAUGACCCUGGCUUAAAGGCGUUUUAAGGCCUACCUUUUCAAUUCAUUCGACUUUCAUAUUUCAUAUGAGGAUUUGGUUGCUUGAAAUUUCAAGGCAUUUUCAAUACAUUUUUGUAUUGUGUACUUACAAUUGUUGUCAAUGUACUAAUUUAUGAAACUUACCACAGAUUUCGCUUUAAAGUUAGAAAUGAAUCAAUUGUGCAAGAACUGGUUACCUCCACUGAAAACAAACGCUUUCAAUUUACGACAUAUAAUCUAUGUUCUAAGAUAUUAGUGUGAAUUAUACAUAUUUUUGUGAGAACUUUUAGUUUGCAAAGCCAUAUCAGGCUUUUCCAAAUGUUCUCUUUUUCCAUUAUCAAUCUUUGUAAAUGAUGAACAUUCUUUAUGCAUUAUUGUUUCGAUUUUAAUAUUUUUAUAUACAUAUGCAUUGUUUGUAAUAAUUGUGUAAAUAUGUUUUUAUGAGAAUGGAAUAAAUGAUCAAUCAAUCAAUCAAAUAUAAGAGAUUCCAUGUAAAACAAAAAGAUUUCAGAACAGUGCUCUUCCAAGACAAGAUUAUUAAAUGAGUACCAUGGUAAAUAAGUCUGCAAUUUGUGUAACGAAUGUGCAAUAUUGUAUUAUAUAUAAUUUUAUGUUUUAUCCAUUUUAACUCCAUUUUUAACUGCACAUAUGUAAUUUUGAUUUGUAUCUUCAUUGUUUAUCUUAGUAAUUUUGAUUAUUGUUAUAUAUUGGCAUUGUGUAAACAUGUACAAUUCAGUCUGUGACUGCCAAUCAUGUUUUUUGCAAUAAACCUGAAUUUAAUUGAAUUGAAAAAAAUGAAUAAUUUACCUAUUGAGUAUAUGGAAUGGCAAUGAUUCAAUUCGAUUCAUUUAUUUAUUCAUUUCAUUUUCGUUCGAACAUGAUACAAAGUAAUAUAAAUCAAAUACAAAUUAGCGGAUUUAUAUUUUAAAGAGAAGCUGUAUAAAGUAAAGCAUUUUCCCCCAUGACUUUGCCUCAGUGAGGGUUUGGUAUCUUGACUACAGCUCUGAUUUCUUGUCGAUAACAAGACAAUUAAGUAAACAAGUAUGCCUUUUCAGAAUUCAUGCUAAAAAAUUACUUUUGUCAAAGAAUUGAUAAGAAGUGUAUUUCCUUGUCAAGUAACAACGCCUACCUAGUCUAGCGAGUAGCUUUAUAAGUGAAAUAGCUGAAUUAGUUUUAAAAUGUUAAUGUGCAAUAAAGUUGUGAAGUGUUUCAGACUUUAGAAGGGUGAAUCAAUUAAAGAGUACGGUUUUUAGAUAAUAUA